AUGAAAAAUCUCAUAAAUGGUCUAGUUGAAUUUCGUUUACAAGUUGAUACUGCUUCGAUGAUAUUGGCAUUUCGUAAUGUAAAUUAUGAUACCUAUCAAAGUGUAUUGAAGCAGAUAAAGCAAGACGAAUAUCGACAGAUUUUGAUGAAUAAUCAACGGGUUACAGUUGAAAAUCAAUUUGUUCAGCAGAAAUGGAUUUUACAACAGACUUCCGUCAAUAUAUUCUUAAGUCAUUGUGGUAUGAGUUCAACCGUAGAAGGGCUUUAUUCUCAAAAAUCUAUAUUAUGCUUACCGAUACAAACGGAUCAAUUUUUAAACUCGAUUGCUAUCGAUAAUUCAGGUGUUGCGAAAUCGUUAUUUACACCGCCAUGUCUAUGGCAAUCAUUUCUAAAACCACAUGAUUUUCAUGAAUAUACAUUUUCCGCUCAUAGUGUAACAACGAAACUUUUAACAAUGUGGCGAAAUAUUACCUAUGAACAAGCAGUUCGAAUCGUCUCACUUGAAAUGAAACAUGCUGGUGGUGUAAGACGAGCUGUUGAAGAAAUGGAAUUUUUAGUAGAUUUAAAUGGUGAUUUAGAACGCUAUGCACCGUUUCACAGUACAUUACCAUUCUAUCAACGUUAUAUGCUUGAUUUAGUGCUUGUUUAUUUUGUUUUACCUAUUACGAUCAUUUUUAUAUUUGCUUGUUAA